AUGACGACCACGACAACAACGAUUAAAAGAACGACAAAAAUCACUUUAACUAGAAAAAUUAGACUACAACAAUUAACUACAACAAUUAGAACGAUAACAACAAUAAUGAAAACAAUGCCGAUGACACCGGCAGUGACAAAAACAAGACCGACGACGACAAAAAUAAAAAUGAGUACAAGUACAAAUACAAUUGCAGUAAACAAGAAGACGACAACAACAACGGUAACAAAUAAAAUGACUCCAACAACUACAAAAAAAAAUAACAAUCACGACAACGACGAAAGAUACAACGGCGCCGACCACGAUGGCGACAAUAAUGUCAAUAAUGUCAACGAAAAAACAACUAAGACGACAACGACAACAAUAAAAACAAGGAUGACAACGGCGACAGAAACGUCGAGAAAAAUAAUGGCAACAAAGACGACGACGACCACAACGAAAAUAAUGACGAUGACAACGUCAGUGAUAAAAACAACACCGACGACGAUAACAACAAAAAUUACUACAACUAUAACAAUGACAGCAACAACGACAAACACGUCGACGACAGCGACAACAACUAAGACGAUAACGGAAAUAAUGAAUAACAACAACAACCAUGACAACAGAGACGACGACAGCGACAACGACAACAACAAAGAAAACAAUUACGACCGCAACAACAGUGACAACAUCGACACCAAUGGUGACAACGACAAAUUUGACAGCAAACACAACAACAACAAAAAUAACAAUAUUUGGAAUCACAACGAUGUCGUCAACAGUAACGGCGACAACAACAAAGACGGCGACGAAAACAAUGAAUGA